CCAAUUCGCGAAUCAAAAUAAACACUCUGUGCAUGAUUGCUCCUCCCACUACCACAAUGUUGGGUAUAUAAACCCAGGUUUUCCAUCCGUGAUCCAAAGCCCGGCCACGUAGCCUACUGCAUAGAAGAUACGUGAACGUCAACACAACUGUCAACGAAAUAUAUCAACAAAUCAGCCUUUGAGAGACACUGAAACUUCGUCACUCACUUGACAGGCAGAAAGAUGUCCGUAGUAAUCAAAGCGUUCCUGGAGCGAGAUGGGGACCCAAAGGCUGAGAUCCGACGUUUCGGAGUUCCGGCAGAUGCGUCUUCCAGUUUCACCUACAUGUUCAAGAAGGUGUCAGAAGUGUUCCCGGGGCUUGUCACUGGACACUUCAACCUCUUUUGGAAAGACAGCGAUGGUGACCUGGUGUCUUUCUCUUCUGAUGAGGAGCUGAUGGAAGCACUGGGUUUUGUAACUGACUCAGUGUUCAGAAUCUAUGUGAGAGAGCAUGCUCCGCCAUCAUCUCCCAACAACAGCAGCAGCAGCAGCGGUGGAUCGCUCCACCCCAACGUUGUGUGCGAUGGCUGCGAGGGGGCGGUCCGAGGUAUCCGUUACAAGUGCUGCGUGUGCCCAGACUAUGAUCUCUGUAGUCAGUGCGAGGCUAAAAAGAUCCACUCAGAACAUGACAUGUUCAAGAUUGUGGACCCCGUUAACUCCUGUGGCCCAGGCAGAAUGCCAUUCCGCCCACCACCCCAUUUCCGCCGGUGGAUGAAGCGUUACAUGAACCGAUGGCACAACCGUCAUGGUGGGUGUGGCAUGGACACGGAGGGAGACGGCGCCCCCGGGGCAGACUCGGACCCCAACCAGGAGGGAGGACAAGAGGCUGGACCCGAGGAGGAAUAUCUCCACAAUGUGGGAGAGAACGUGGCGGCCAUGUUGGAUCCUUUCGGUAUUGAUGUGAGUUUUGAUGUUGAGCAUCCCGGUCGCCGUCGUGGUGGGCCAUGUCAUGGAGCUGGCAGACGCGGAUGUAGAGGUUUCGGAGGAGGAUGGGGAUUUGGGUGGGGAGGACACAGAGGUCAUGGUCACCGAUUCCGCCACUGCCAUCGUCGCUAUGGCACCAACCAGGACAAGGAGGCUGGGAAGGAAGACGAAGAGAUGAAAGAGCAAGCAGACGCCAAAACAGCAGGACCCAAACAACAGGGAACAGCUGCCAAAAUGGCUGAGGAUGGCUCCGGAUCAUCUGAAACUCCAGUCACAGAGAAGAUGAAGGAUCUGCAGAUCAACGGGGGCCCUGGUAAUUGUGAAGGAGAGUGGACCCUUCUGUCCAGCUCCAGAUCUCCAUCCAGCCCUCCUCACCCAGAUCCCAAGAUUUCUGAAGCUCUCCAGCAGAUGUCCCAGAUGGGGUUCACAAAUGAUGGCGGCUGGCUCACACGGCUGCUCGAGGCCAAGAAUGGAGACAUCAGUCAGGUCCUCGAUGCCAUCAAGCCAGAUCGACGAACCAAUGGGGGCUACUUAGCCUAAACACUGAUCCAGACUGUUACAAACUCUUAAUUAUGAAUACAGGCUAUGCUAGUUAACUGGAUUAUUCUGUACAUUAUAAGGGCUCUUUAUAUAAACAAUAUCUGUUUUGGGGAUGACAUAUCUGAUAGAAUUGUUUGACAAUGUUUAACAACGUUGAUGCCAAUUGGCCAGAUCGACCAACCAAUGGGGGCUUCAUAGCCUAAACACUGAUCCAGACUGUUACACACUCUUAAUUAUGAAUACAGGCUAUGCUAGUUAACUGGGUUAUUUUGUACAGUAUAACAGCUCUUUAUAUGAACAAUGUCUGUUUUGGGAUGAAAUAUUUGACAGUAUUGUUUGACAAUGUUUAACAAUGUUAAACAGUAUUUGACCUUUAAUUUUUAUAUGUUGUGAGGUGUUUUGAAUUAUGUGUGUUUUGAAAUACAUUGCACUGUUAUCAAACUGAAUCAAUAUCAACCUUGUUCAAAUCAAAAUUUACAGAAAUACCCCACUAAUUAGAGACAAAAGAAUCAAAAAGACAGGAAUUCUCUAACUAACUGAUGGAGAAUGUUUUAAUAUGUAAAAUUCAGUCUCAAUUUUGUAAGUAAUUUUUAUUUACCAGUAUAUAUUCAUACAGUGAUAUUGUUGGGUUUUUUCAUCAUUUUGUAUUUGCAUAGCUGGUAACUCCAGUUUGGUUCAAGUAUCUUGAUAUUAAUGUUUACAAACUGUUUUACUGAAAGAUGUCUGACUGAAGAUAAAUAUUUAGUUUAUCGUGCACCACGAUUUUAAGUGGGAGUUUGUUUAUAUCUUUAUGUUACUGCAUUUAGCAUUUACAACUUAGGGUAAUAUUUGCUUGUGUGUAGGAAGUAUGAAAACCAUGUCGCUAUAAUGCCUGUUGGGUUUGAUUCACAUGUCCUAAAACUGGGUAUUGUGAAAACUGGGUAUUGUGAUUCAAUGGUAAGGGUGGUGACGGUGCAAACCUUAGAAAAGGUAACAAGGGUUCUUGUUUCUGUCAGAAAUGUUUGUUGUGAUAUUCUUACAUAGCCAAUAAAUUUAUUGGAUAAUAAA